AUGCUGCAAAAAUCCGUGUUCUUGGGUUCAGAAACCGAAUUCGGAAAACUAGAGAAGUCUCCCCGCCUGGAGACCGUCGGGUUAGGCAGAACCACGUCCAAACGUCUCCACAUUCGCGACCGUGACUCCGGACUCGUCUUUCUGAUCGAUACCAGUUCCGAUCUUUCUUUCUUACCGGUCGAUAAAAGAAUCAAAAAACGACCCAGUGAGGGUAUUCUAAUCGCAGCAAAUGAUACGCAUAUUUCAACGUACGGCGAAAAACGAAUCUCGCCCAACAUUGGUCUCCGUCGCGAUUUUCCAUGGCACUUCUGUGUAGCCGACGUCCCUAAUCCAAUCAUUGGAGCAGACUUUCUGGCACACUACCGCCUUUUUCCAUUUCUUCACGACUCUCGCAUAGUGGACACUACCACGGCUCUUAGCACUGCUGGUUUCCUGAAAAACGCGAGCAUUUUUGGGGUGAGCGCAUUGGAUCGUUCCCAACCCUAUGCGAAAAUUUUAGCGGAAUUCCCGGAAACAACCAGAGUCUCGCAGACCCCAGGGACAGUAGCACGCGAUAUUGAACACCAUUUCCAUACCACAGGUCCUACGAUAGCGGAGCGAGCCAGACGUUUACCUCCGGAGAAGUUGGCAAUUGCAAAGAAAAAAUUUGCGCAGAUGGUUAAUGAUGGCAUUUUUCGCCCUUCCAGUAGUCCAUCGGCUUGA